AUGGGCAUUGCAAACCGUAGCAUCUGGCGAACCCUCGUCGACGGCGACAGCGGGGCGAAUAUCCUCUUUCGGGGAGCAUUUGACCAGUUGAAGAUGGAGGCCAAGCAUCUAACUCCGGUACCUUACUUGGUAUCCGGACUCAAUGGCUCUUCAUCAUAUCCAGAUGGGAAGAUCUUUCUUCCUGUCACCAUCGGCAAAGGCCGAGCAGUGCGAAGCAUCAUGGUUGAAUUCCUCGUCGUAGAUGCCCCCUCUGUGUAUAAUGUGAUUAUGGGGAGACCCCUCAUUCACGACAUUCAAGGAGUUGUCUCGACGUACCAUCAAACGAUGAUAUAUGUUUCGGAUGAGGGACACUCCGAAAAGAUUAAGGGCAGCCAAAAGGAAGCCCGAAGAUGUAACCACCUCAAACCAUCCAAGGGUCGCUGCAACGACCAGGAUGAUGAGGAGGAAAAAGAGCGGGACCGUAGUGCAAAAAAAGCCUAA